GGGUGCCCAGCCAACAUAUACACAGAGUGAGCAUUUAUCAACACAACAUAUGACUGCACAAGGUGAACAUGUAACUAUGUCAAAUGAACAAGUGACGCAGAGCCAGCAUAUGGCAUCACUGAACCAACAGAUGACAUCGCUGAACCAGCAAAUGGCAGUACAGAGUCAGCAGUUGACAUCACAAAACCAGAUGGCAGAACAAAGCCAGCAAAUGUCAUCACUGAACCAGCAGAUGGCAGAACAGAAUCAGUCAAUGUCGGAACAGAACCAGCAAAUGGUAGAACAGAACCAGCAAAUGUCAUCGCAGAGCCAGCUGAUGGGAGCACAAGGUGAGCAGCUCACAAUUCCACACCAUAUGACGACUCAGAGCGAACACGUGGCUUUGCACGUACUGAGCGAGCAGAUGUCAAUGCAGCACCAUCAAAUAGUCACGCAGGAUCAGGAAAUGGCAUUGCACAAUCAGCAAAUGGCUGUGACGAGUGAGCAAAUAAACAAUCAGAACCAGCAAAUCGCAGCAGAGUGUCAACAAAUG